GCCUGCCAGCCUUGCCCCCCUCUUUCUGACGCAUGCGCGACUCCGAGCUGGCCCGAGAAGUUCGUAGCCUUUGUCAGGCCCGGGAUGGGAGGUUCCAGCCUCGUAGGACCGAGCCAGGCUCGAGAGUGAGGAAGAAACCCGACCCGCCCUGAUCGAAGCCUUCCAGCAGAGCCCCCGGAGGGAAGGCAGGAAGGAGGACGCCGAGGCCGCGGGGGCUUCUCACGGUGCUGCCGGGAGAAGUCUGAACUGGGGAGAGAUCGGAAUAUUCAGAACCGGGAGCAGGUGGUGAUCAUGGAGACCGACUUGGCCGACAUGCCGGAGAAGAGAGCUCUGUCUUCCCAGGAUUCUCCCUUUUCGCAAGAGCAGAGCACGGAAGAGGGAGAAGUGGCAGCUCUGCGCCUCACAGCCAGAUCCCAGGCAUCAGUGACAUUCAAGGACGUGGCCAUGGACUUUACCCCAGAGGAGUGGGGGAAGCUGGAUCCUACACAAAGGGAGGUCAUGCUGGAGAACUAUAGGAACCUGGUCUCGCUUUGGCUUCCAGUUUCCAGACCUGAGAACUACAAUUUGGAGAACGGAAAAGAACCAUUGAUGCUUGAGAGAAAAGCCCCCAAAAGCAGCUGUUCGGACCUGGAGACUAAACCUGAGGGCAAAGAUUCAACUUCAGUGCAAGAUAUUUCCAAAGACGAAUCAUGCCAGGCUGCAGUAAUAGACAGACUGACAAGGAAUAGUGUCUAUGACUCCAAUCUGGAAACAGCUCUUGAAUGUGAAAAUUGGUUAGAGAAUCAGCAAGGAAAUCAGGAGAGGCACUUGAGAGAAAUGUUCACCCACGUGAACUCACUUGCUGAAGAAAGAGCUCACGAGCAUGAUGUAUAUUGGAAAAACUUUAGUCAGAAGUCUGUUCUUCUCACUCAAGACAUAGUUCCCAAAGGAUCCUAUGCCUUCCAUACACUUGAAAAAAGGUUGAAACAGAAAUCAAACUUAAUGAAAAAGCAAAGAACCUGUAAAGAGAAAAAACCUCAUAAAUGUAACGAUUGCGGUGAACUCUUCACUUACCAUUCAGUGCUUAUUCGACACCAGAGAGUCCAUACUGGAGAGAAGCCCUAUAGCUGCAGCGAAUGUGGAAAAUCUUUUAGCCACAGAGCUAAUUUAACUAAACAUCAGAGAACUCAUACUAGAAUUCUCUUUGAAUGCAGUGAGUGCAAGAAAGCCUUCACAGAAAGCUCAUCCCUUGCGAUACAUCAGCGAAUUCACAUUGGAGAGAGACCGUAUGAAUGCAAUGAAUGUGGAAAAGGUUUUAAUCGAAGUACACAUCUUGUGCAGCAUCAGCUGAUUCAUACUGGAGUGAAGCCUUAUGAAUGUAAUGAAUGUGAUAAAGCUUUCAUUCAUUCAUCGGCUCUCAUUAAACAUCAAAGAACUCAUACUGGAGAGAAACCCUAUAAAUGUCAGGAAUGCGGGAAAGCCUUCAGCCAUUGCUCAUCCCUUACUAAACAUCAGAGAGUUCAUACUGGAGAAAAGCCAUAUGAAUGUAGCGAAUGUGGAAAAACCUUUAGUCAGAGCACACAUCUUGUUCAGCAUCAGAGAAUUCAUACUGGAGAGAAACCUUACAAAUGUAACGAAUGUGGGAAAACCUUCAGCCGGAGCUCAAAUUUCGCUAAACAUCAAAGAAUUCAUAUUGGAAAGAAACCAUACAAAUGUAACGAAUGUGGAAAGGCCUUCAUUCAUUCAUCAGCUCUUAUUCAACACCAGAGAACUCAUACUGGAGAGAAGCCCUACAGAUGUGAUGAAUGUGGGAAAAGCUUUAAGUGCAGUUCAUCCCUCAUCAGACAUCAAAGAAUUCAUACUGAAGAGCGACUCUGAAAAAUUACUGAAUGUGAAGAAAAGUAAGUUGGCUUUAUCACUGUGUUAAAUACCUGAGUGUUUAGGUGGAACACCCGUAAAAUGCUGCUUGAGGACCAAUUCUGUAUGCGUCUGCUUUCACUUGCAUCACAUGUAGUUUUGAGCCAUAGAUAGAAUGUUCCCUAUAUCUAUUGAUUUGAUCAUCAUGAAAGCUUCUGGCCAGGGAUCUCAAAUUUUGACCCCCACCCCCUACCCACCACCACUACCAAAUACCCUUUCAUGGAAAUUCAAGAAAUCCUUGGGAGUGGAUAGUGGUAUAAUCAUUGUGAAAUGUGGUUCCUCCUUCUAUUUGUCACAUGAAAGCCUUGUUAUAGCUUCUCGCUCUGUAAGGAAAUUCUUAUUUGUAAACGUAGGUAGUGGACUCCUGUCUUUAUCAUCAGGAAGACAGAGUUGUUCCUCUUUGGAUCCAAAGUAGAUCUCCAGAUGUACAGGUGUCAUUUUUCCAGGGAGGGUUAAUUCUUCUACAUUAGCUAUAAAAUGUAAAGGUUAAGAGUUGACAUAUGCUUUGGAUUCCCUCCCCCAAAGGCUACUGUCUAAUUUGAUGAACAUAAAUAGAACGUAUUGUAGAUUCUAAGUUAUGUUCACUUGGUUUAUGCUGGUCAUAAGUUUAGAUCCUUGUUUACCCUCUGCUCUGUAGAUUUUCUUUUUCUACUUCCUUGGAAUUUCCCUGAAGUUAAGUGUGGGUCAAAAUCUUAACUGCAGUUUUCAGUCAAAUGCCUCUUUUCUUAUCCGUGGCAUUGAAUGAGUCCUUGGUUUUUCUAUAAUCAAAGUGUUAGGGAUAUUUCAUUUCCAGCUCAUUCAUUUACAGUUAUUCUGUCACUUUGAGAAAAAGCCCCUAGAAUGUUGAGGGUCUGAAAAGUUGAUGAGUUCAAUGUGUUAUUAUAUUUAGGGUCCCAGUCAAGAAGGAGAACUGAAACAACUCUGAGACACAAGGACACACCUUCCUGUCAAAUAUGGAAAAUAGUUCACAGGACAGUGACUCACUGGAGGAUAGCAGCUUCCCUCCAUGAAGAAGAGGUUGCCAUUUCUCUGGCUUUCAUGUCUACCCACAUGUUUUGUUGUUGUUAUUCUCCCUAUAUGUUUGUUGGGCUAUAUCCCAGAGCCCUAAAGAAGGUAGAAGAGGCAUGAAACCACGGAAGUUACAUGGGUGACCAAAAACCAGUGGUGGGAUUGGGAUCGCAGAAGCAAAGUUCACAUAAAUAUUUAGGAAAACACUAUACAGAUGUCAGUUUUUAUUGUUACUCUAUUGUAUGAAAAGAAGAGUAUAGAAAAGAUAGAAGGAAAAUAGUUACAGAUUUCUGACUUCUCCUAAAUUCUAUCCUUUAUGAACAUUCAACAGCCAGUCCAUACUCUUGCCUUCUCCACAUUAUCUCUGUUAUUUCUCAUAAUUCCUUCUCUGUAAACCUUAGUUGUAUUAUUGAGGACAAGUAGAGGAAUAGAGUUUAGAGCAAGAUCAUUAAGGAUGAAUGGGUUAAAUCCAGCUGUGAUGGAAAUUAAAGAAAACGAUAGGAAACGCAGCUGAAAGGACUGGGAAGAGGUUUGGAAAGAACCAGAAACACAUCGGGGGUGAAGGUGGGUGGGAAGGCUCAGGGUCUGAGAGUCAGGGUAGGAGGCUGACACAGGAAGAGGGUAAGGGGAGAGGCACUCAGCCCUCUUCACCUUAAUACUCAGUAUUCAUGUUCAGAAGUAGGAACUGACAGGUUAUGACCUGGACCCACAACCAAGUCCGGCCUUCUGCCUAUGUCUCUAAAUGUUUAGUUGGAUCUCGACCACAUUCGUUCAUUUACAUGUGUUUGUGCUGCAAUGUCAGAGUUGAGUGGUUGUGGUAGAGACUGUAUGUUCCCCCCAAAGCCUAAAAUACUUGGUAUUUUUCUGUGGGCCAAACACUUGAGUGAAAAUAAAUUCAUCAUUUGGGGACCAAAAUUUGACUCACAGAGUAAGACCCACUUGGGCUUUUCAGAGCCAAGUUUGAAUUCCUCCACCUCCACUUAGCUUUUAUGUGACUUUACUACUUGCUGUCUCUAGGUCUCAGGGUCUUCAUCUGUAAGAUGGAAAUAAAACUUACCUCUCUGGUAAGGUUGUGAGGAUUAAAUAAGACAAUGCAUGUAAAAGACCUGGCUCACAAAUUAAACAGCCUCUAUAUGUAUGUGUUUGCAAAUAUAUACAUAUAUGUGGAUUUUAAGGAGACAUCAGUCCAUUUGGGCUGUUAGAACAAAAAAACUCACCACAGACUGAGUGGCUUUAGAAACAACAUGCUGACAGUUCUGGAGACAGGAGUCCCAAGAUCAAGGCCCCACCAGGUUCAGUGUCUGGUGAGGGCCCAUUUUCUGGUUCAGGGACCACCAUCUUUUUAUUAUGUCUUUGCAUGGUGAAAGGGUAACGGGGCUCUGGGGCCUCUUCUGUAAGGGCAACUAACCCUAUUCCUGAGAGUUUUGCCCUCAUGACCUAUUCACCUUCCAAAGGCCCCACCUCCCAGUACCAUCACUCUGGGGAUUAGGUUUCAAGAUAAAUUUGGGGAGAUAUAAACUCAGUCUGCAGUAAGUGGCUAAGCAUCAGUGAGGUAGAAAUUACCUAAGACUGAAUGUGUCUUCCACACCUUUUGUUUACCGAUCAAGAACUGUCACCAUCCUGCUUUCUAGCGCAUCAUAGAGAAGGGGUUUCUCCUGCUCUUGCUUCCAUCUGGUGCUGCUCCCUACACAGCCUUCUUUAGACCUUGGGGAAUCUACUUUCUUCUAAGUACCACUUAACCAGGAACUAUCUGAUAGUUUCAGAGACUCAAGUUUGUAAUCUAAUUGCAGUUUAAGUAGUGUUAAGAGACUUGCUCUGAGUUAGUUCUACUGGGAAAUCUGGCCCUUGACAUUUCAGUAUUUGUUCUGUUUAUGUUUGAUGUUCAAUACGACUGUAUUUGUACUCCAACGUGAAUCUUGGAAGUUUUAAUGUUCUGCUUUUCAAAUGUUUUUGGUUACCUAUAAACUAACGAAAUUUGACUGCUCUUAUUGGUCCACUGUCAAUAAAGAUGUUGUUUAUCUAUUCUCA